AGGCCGUCGGCGGGUGUCGCCGCUCCUGUCCCCUUGGCGCACCGGGUGUGAAGCCGGGGCAGGGCGGGGAGUCUCGCCGUGGGAGCCACGCUGCGAGGGAGACCAGCCGCGGUCGGAGCCAUGUUCCCCCAGAGCCGGCACCCCACUCCGCACCAGGCUGCGGGCCAGCCUUUCAAAUUCACCAUCCCGGAGUCGCUGGACCGCAUCAAAGAAGAGUUCCAGUUCCUCCAGGCGCAGUACCACAGCCUUAAAUUGGAAUGUGAGAAACUGGCAAGCGAAAAGACGGAAAUGCAGAGGCAUUAUGUGAUGUACUAUGAAAUGUCGUAUGGAUUAAACAUUGAAAUGCACAAGCAGACAGAAAUCGCGAAGAGAUUGAAUACAAUUUGUGCACAAGUCAUCCCAUUUUUGUCUCAGGAACAUCAGCAACAAGUGGCCCAAGCUGUAGAACGUGCCAAACAAGUGACCAUGGCUGAAUUGAAUGCCAUCAUCGGGGUACGUGGCCUUCCAGGUCUACCUCCUACACAGCAGCAGUUGCAGGCUCAGCAUCUCUCCCAUGGUCACGGACCGCCAGUGCCUCUAACGCCGCAUCCAUCAGGACUUCAGCCUCCGGGAAUCCCUCCACUUGGAAGCAGUGCUGGCCUUCUUGCCCUCUCCAGUGCUUUGGGUGGGCAGUCUCACUUGGCAAUAAAAGAUGACAAGAAGCACCACGAUGCAGACCACCACAGAGACAGAGAGCCAGGCACAAGUAAUUCUCUGUUGGUCCCUGACAGUCUACGAAGCACAGAUAAACGCAGGAAUGGCCCUGAAUAUGCCAAUGACAUCAAAAAGAGAAAGGUGGAUGAUAAGGAUUCCAGCCACUAUGACAGUGAUGGGGACAAGAGUGACGAUAACUUGGUUGUAGAUGUAUCCAAUGAGGAUCCUUCUUCCCCCCGGGCAAGUCCCACUCAUUCGCCGCGCGAAAACGGCAUUGAUAAAGCCCGCCUACUGAAGAAGGAUGCCUCCAGCAGCCCAGCAUCUACAGCCUCUUCAGGAAGUUCCACUUCCCUCAAAUCCAAGGAAAUGGGUCUGCAUGAAAAAGCCAGCACGCCUGUUUUGAAAUCCAGCACACCAACUCCUCGAGGUGAUGUGCCAACCCCAGGCACUAGUGCAACUCCAGGACUCCGUCCAGGCCUUGGCAAACCUCCAACAAUGGACCCUCUGGUUAACCAAGCUGCUGCAGGUUUGCGGACUCCGUUGGCAGUACCAGGACCAUACCCUGCUCCCUUUGGAAUGGUACCUCAUGCUGGCAUGAAUGGAGAGUUAACCAGUCCAGGGGCAGCCUAUGCCAGUCUGCACAAUAUGUCACCCCAGAUGAGUGCUGCGGCUGCUGCAGCUGCCGUGGUUGCCUAUGGAAGAUCUCCUAUGGUUGGGUUUGAUCCUCCUCCUCACAUGAGAGUACCAGGAAUUCCUCCAAAUCUAGCAGGGAUUCCUGGGGGAAAACCAGCCUACUCCUUUCAUGUUACUGCAGAUGGUCAGAUGCAGCCAGUUCCUUUCCCUCCUGAUGCCCUCAUCGGCCCAGGAAUCCCUCGCCAUGCCCGUCAGAUCAACACCCUGAACCACGGGGAAGUUGUGUGUGCAGUUACCAUCAGCAACCCCACGAGACAUGUGUACACGGGUGGCAAGGGCUGUGUCAAGGUCUGGGACAUCAGUCAGCCUGGCAACAAGAGCCCUGUCUCUCAACUGGACUGCCUGAACAGAGAUAACUACAUCCGCUCCUGUAAAUUGCUGCCCGAUGGAUGCACCCUCAUUGUUGGCGGGGAAGCCAGCACGUUAUCCAUAUGGGACCUGGCAGCUCCAACUCCUCGCAUCAAAGCAGAGCUGACAUCCUCAGCACCUGCCUGCUAUGCUCUGGCUAUCAGCCCUGACUCCAAGGUGUGCUUUUCCUGCUGCAGUGAUGGGAACAUUGCAGUGUGGGACCUGCAUAACCAGACAUUGGUCAGGCAAUUCCAGGGCCACACAGAUGGAGCCAGCUGUAUUGACAUUUCUAAUGAUGGUACCAAGCUCUGGACAGGAGGUUUGGAUAACACUGUCAGAUCCUGGGACUUGAGAGAAGGGAGACAGCUACAACAGCAUGACUUCACAUCACAGAUAUUUUCCCUUGGUUAUUGUCCUACUGGUGAAUGGCUGGCUGUGGGAAUGGAGAGCAGCAAUGUCGAAGUGCUACAUGUAAAUAAACCAGACAAGUAUCAACUGCACCUUCAUGAGAGCUGUGUAUUGUCACUCAAGUUUGCUUACUGUGGUAAAUGGUUUGUGAGUACUGGGAAAGAUAACCUUCUUAAUGCAUGGAGAACUCCUUAUGGAGCCAGUAUCUUCCAGUCCAAAGAAUCUUCAUCAGUGCUUAGCUGUGACAUCUCUGUGGAUGAUAAGUACAUUGUCACUGGCUCUGGAGACAAAAAGGCUACAGUCUAUGAAGUUAUCUACUGAAAAAUAUGAUGGGGAUAUUCUCUUAGAGGUUGAACUGGGCCAAAAUUGUUUGUAGAAGUAGAAAGGUUUUGAAUUUUUGAAAGGAAACAAAAGCAUUGAGGUUCCAGACCUUGCCAUGAAACUACUCCGAUUUUUCAAAAUAGAAGGCAACAUCCAGCAACCAAGUAUUGGCUACAUGGACCAGAUGGAGCAUAGAGGCAAGAUGGACAAAUGUAGCCUAGGUUUUUGACAUAAUUUUUAAAAGCCAAGUCUACUGAAGAAUGUUGGAGCCUUUUAUUUUUUUCUUUUUGUGACCUCAUGCAAAUUUUUCUCAUUGCCUGAAUAUGGGGGAUAAAUACCUUUCUGUUCCUUGCAGUUCAAAUUGCAUUCUGUCCUGGGUAGAGCAGCAGUGUCUCAGAUGAACUUGUUUCCUGGUUUUGCAUCUUGUGAUAUGUUUUUGUAUUUUUGUUGAAGGUCAAACAUUUGUAUAAAUUGUAAAUAUAUUUAGUUUACUACAGUAAAGGCUUUAGUACCAACAACCAGUCUUCCCCCUUGCCCCCUCCCUGCUUGCCCUGCUUAUUUAAAAUUAAAAACCUUUUGGGGAUAUAAGUACCUUUUUAGAAGCAAAAGCAAACACUAUGUAUAGUUUGAAAAUGGUGUCUUAUUCUUUAUAACUGUUCUUAGAUUCCUUUAUCAUACUUCAAAGUAGUUGAUUUGACAUACGAGGUUAUCAAGUCCAGUAGAUAUUGUCUUGUUCUACAGAAAACUUAAAGGCAGUUUUGUACUAAUUAUAGUGUAAAUAUAAAAAUUGAACAUUUCAUAAAACUGUGCAGUUUAAGUUUAUUCUGAUGUCCCAUGUAUAUGUUCUUUGGCAGAUACAGUAAUAUGUGCCUGAUCAUAACUCAUUUGGUCAUUUCUCUGGAAGAGGAGGUGACUUCCCUGUUCUUUUUUUCCCCCAGCUGAACAGAAUUCACAUAAGACUACAUUUCAACUAAGUACAUCAGAGCCUUUAUUUGUUAUAUGAGGAUGUCUGUGAUUAGAUAAGUUGCAUCCUUCAUGUUUUACGGAGAAGUGGUGGUAAUGACCAUUUCCUUUUUAAAGUCUUGUCUAUACUUAGAUACUCAGGUAAAUUUAACUAAAUUACCAAAAGUGUGAGUUUACAGGGGAUUGCUUAAAGAUGUUAAAUACUUGCAGGGUUGCAAGUGAAGAGAAUUAACCUAAACUAAGUAAAACUCGCUUCUUAAUUUCUUGUGAGAAUAUUGACAAAGGAAUAUUUUGAUUUUUAACUAAUCCACUCUACAAAUUAAUUAGAAUUAAUUUUCCUGAGUGUCCCAUGUUAUGCAGGCCUGUAGGCUCUAUGUAUUCAUGCUGAGCAAUCUUUGAAUCCUUUACAUUGUCACAUCAUUGUGUGACAUCUGUGAAGAGCCAUGAUAAGCAGCCAGUUACCAAAGCUAUGCAUCUUCAAGUUUUCUUGGUGUACUCAAGAGCAAUGGAUGAGGAGAGAAUGUGUUCACUUUAUUUAACUAUUAUAUUUUCAGUCUAAUGUGUUCUACCACUAUGUGCUAGACAACAAACGUUGCUGUUGCACUGGUGAGAGCAUACGUUUCCUACAUUCUGUAAUUUGGUUGCAAUUUCUGUUGCUAAUGGAGAAUACAGAUGAACAGAAGGAUAUCUUUAAACAAUUAAUUUAGAUUACACAAACUGGCAGGCAGAAGAAGAGCUGCUUUCUCAUUUUGCUUGCAUUUGACAAUGGCCUAUGUCCCUGCUCUUUCAAAGACACGUCGCUAGGAAGAAACAAGCUUGACUGACAGAUGCGUUGAUUGGAUGAGGAAUUUUUCGUCUGGGAGCAAAUUUUAUCUAAAUUUCUAGUCUGAAGAGACACAGGUUUUCCUUUUAAUUUACAUGACUAUUCUACUGAAACCAAAUUGUGGCAUCCAAAACUGUAAUCGCCUUAACAUAUUAAUAUUCCAUUCAGAAUGCAAAGUAUUUCCCAUUCAGGAUAAUCUGGUCUCCUAGACAUUUAAAAUUAGCAUUGUAUCAAUAUGUAUAUAUAUAUAUAUCUUUGUUGAUUGCACAGUUAAUUUGUAUCUGUAUGAAAAUGACAGACCAGUUUAGAUGUGGGUCAUGUUACUUUAGACAUAGUGGGGCAAAAAGCAGAAUCAUCAGGCUUUUCAAAGUAUUAACUGUAUUUGCUACACUGAAAUACUGAGAAGUGCUAUGCCAUUUUUAAAAGGGAAAGUUUUAAAACAAGAGUAUUUACAAGACUACUUGAUUUUUACAUUUUCAUCUUGAAAUUUCUCUGAACAUCUGGCUUUGGCAGUCAUCAUUUGCUUUAGCAAAUUUACUUUAGUUAGGAUCUUUUGGAUUUUUGUCAAACUGGUAUCACCUUGGCUUUUAUUUUAUAGGCCUCCUUUUGCUGUUCUCUGAAGUCAAUAUAAAAAAACCCCAGAAGUGUAAUUGGUCUGCUAUAUGUUGUGGCAUAGAUCACACUUAUCAAUCAGGAGGUUCAAAAUCAUAGUAUCAGGAAAAUUAUAAAAUACUUUGUUUCCUUGGCUUGGCUAGAAUGUACAGUGUGUCAGAGCAGUUAUGGAAUCAGAAAUUUAUGUGUACAAAUUUAAUCAUAUUUGUACCAUGUAUUUCUUGAUUGUAAUUAAGAAAUUAAUUCCUUUUUCCCCCCAUAUCUUUAAGCCUUGGGUCUGAAAAUUAGUAGAUACAUCUUAAAGCUUCUGGAUGCACCAUCCAUACUUGUGGAUGAGUAGUUCUCUCCAUUUGUUGUUUCAGAUUUCACUUACUGUUUAUAAAAUCGUGAGUCUUUUAAUUUGUCAGACAGUAAAUAUAUUCUACUUGCAGAUAUAAUUUUUAAUUACAAGAUAGAUUUGCUGAACUCCUAGCAUGUCUGUCUACACAAUCACCUGAAAAAUAUAAAACUUGUGAAGCUUAGAACUUUUGUAAGUUCUUGUAGCCCUGUGUAAAGUAGUGGGUGGAAAUAAUUGCUUAUUGAAUGAAGUAACAGACUAACCAAGAUCAGCAGGAAGUGAAAAGGCGCUGGGAAAACCAUGUGGGCAAGAGAUCCAGAUAUCCUUCUGUGCACCAGUAACUAUUGUAUUGGUAAUUCUUUUUUUUUUUUUUUUGGUGGGGGGGGUUCAACUUAAACACAGUCCUAAAAGAUUCCUUUGGUUAGCCCCUUUUGAGACAGUCUUUGUGUGCUGGGUGGCCUUCAGUAUUCAGGGAUGUCUCAAUGCCACUCUGGCAAAUGCCAGUUGUGGAUAGAAGCAGGGAGUCCUUACAAAAGACAUUUUGGAUGUCAGUGCAAACAAUAACUGAUGAAGAGGGGAUUUGUGGUAAUACCAAUUCAACUGAACAAAAUCCUUUGUCAGCUUUAAUAUGUAUAUUUUGUAUAUGUGCACUUGGUAUAACCCUUCAUAAAUCAAUUGUGCAGAAAGUCAUGAUUUCAUUCCGCACAAUGUAUUUGUCAGUGUGUCAGACUUUCUUUUUGAUUGUAAUUCCAAGCAAUGGUAGUUCCCCAUGUUAGCCCACAAGCCACUGAUACUUUGAGAGAGAAUUAUCAUCUACAUUAGUUCUUUCUAACUCAUUUGGCAUUUAAAGGCUUUUGUUCCUUUAAAGAAAAGAAAGAGCACUAAAUGAGCAUCAUUUUCACAGACUGCUAUAACAAGUGUUACUUUUUAAUAUAAACAUCAAUGUAUAAUCUGUCAUCUAGUCUCAUACAUACUUCUAUGUAUGAAUGAUUGACCCUAGAUUUGGCUCAAAUUUUUGCAAUGGUGAUACAACUAGAAUUUCUGUAGCUUCUAAGUUACUAAAGUAGCUUUAACUCAGUUGACAAACUGAUUUUUUGUUAUGAUGUUUAAUUCUUGAUAGGGUUUUUUGUUUGUUUGUAAUUUUGUGGAAUAACUGGCCCACUUAGGAGCCCAUGGGAUUAUGUAGUCUAGUUUAAAUAGUCUUUCAUAUUUUCUAUUAUAUCAGUGCAAUUUUGAGUUGAUGGGGAAAUUCCACCAUUCUGUUAAUUAAGAAAGGUGGAUUUUGAAAUUUUUGGGCUAAGGAGGAGUACAGACUUCUGAUUUCGCACUACUGAUAAAGUGUUUACCCUUAAAUAACUUCACUGGAUAAUCUGAACUGACUCCAGCUCUGCUGUCUCUUUGAAGGAUUUUGGUUUUUACUCCUACUACAAGCACACAGAAAGAAUUUGAGAAUGUAGGUCUAUGUAAGACUUCAGCCAAUUCAUUCUGUCCUGCCAGACAGACAUACUUCAUUACAUAAUGGGCAAGGUGAAGUAACUCAGAGUUAACCUGACAAACACCAGAAUGCAGGAGAAUUAUGCCAGGGAAAUUCAUGGGCAGAAUCACUUCAGUUAGAAAAGUCCUCCAAGAUGAUCUAGUCCAACCUUUGACUGCACAUUAUGUGUAAACUAAACAAAAGCAUUAUGUGCUGCAUCCAGUCAUUUCUUGAACACCUGUGGGAUGGAUGACUCUACCACCUCCCUGGGCAGCCUGCUCCAAUGCUUGACAAUAUUAACCUUGAGAAAAUUCUCAGGUCCGACCUGAACCUCCCCUGGCUCAGUUUGAAGCUGUGUCCUCUUGUCCUGUGGCUGAGAGGAGAGGCCAAGUGACACCCAGCUUGCUACAACCUCAUUUCAGGGAGUUGUAGAGUGAUGAAGUCUUCCCCUUUUCUCCAGUCUAAACAAUCCCAGCUCCCUCAGCCACUCCUUAAAAGACUUGUGCUCCGGACCCUUCACCAGCUUCUUUGCCCUCCUCUGAACAUACCUCAAUGUCCUUGUAAUGAGUGGCCUCACAGGAUUUGAGGUGCAGGGACAAUGCACCAGUGAAAGGGACAAGGAAAAUCCCAGCUCUAUUCCUGCUAGACACACUUGCUGACACAAAUGAGGACACCAUUAGUCACCUUGGACACCUAGUCACACUGCAGGACAAGGGAAAAUGAGAACAUAGAAGCACAUAUAUUUUAGGUGUAAUCUAACAUGCCAACUAUGCAAUUCACCUAGAAUGAGAUUUCAGUCAGAGAGUUCACUGAUGUCUGUUCCUCUGUAAAGUUGUUCAAAUGUUUCUGCAGUUAUUCAAGGACACCUGUCUUGUGUGUUUGAACUGGAAGUGGACAUUUCUUUGAAAUCCAUAAACAUGUAGUCAUCUCAUCCUAAGAGGAAAGGGAGUUAACUCACAGCCAGUUCUCAACAUUUACCAUUACCUUUUACUUCUGUAGCUCAAGAUCUGCUUCCAAGCACUUGAUAAUCCCAUUUUCAGCAACAUGCUCCCAAAUGUCCCACUGCAGUUUAAGUGCUUAGUGCUGUGUGGUAGAUUUUGCUAAGGAAACCAGACAUGUAAGAGCUGGGUGCUUGAAAAAUCUGUCCUAUGGGUCUUUCUUACUGACAUUUCUGACAAAUUUACCCAGGAUUUCUGUUCAGCUAUAUGGGAGAGCUCAAACACUCAUUGAAACAUUUUCUAAAUCAGCAAAAAAUGUGUUUUGAACACAUUCUAAGCACAUGGGUGGGCUUGGGUUUUUUUUCUUUGGUUUGUGGUUUUUCACUAUUUUCUGUUGAUUUAUUUAGUUUUUUCUUCUGACAUUACUUUAAAAACUAUGAAUUGAAUACAACAAGAAAACAUGAAGGGAAAUCAGAAGAAUGAAUAAUAGUCUUCAGAGGGCAGAAUGUGGUUGAAGACGCAAAGAACCUACUGCUUUUAUGAUACAUUAAUUCUUGAGAGAGAUGGAUUUCUAUUUCCUUGGGGCUAAAAGUGCUGCUCAGAAAACUGAAUACCAAAAGAUGUCUGUUGUGGGGACAAAUGUUAGUUACCAUUUUUAAAUCUGAGCAGUGUUUUUUGGGGGUUUGGGUUGUUUGCGGUUUUCCCCCUAUAUUUCUUAGAUCUGGGUCUCACAGUUCACUCUGAGAAGCUGAACAACAGUCCAUGGUCAUUCUGGCUCUAUGCUCUACUAUGCAUUAGUAAGAAUUUAUUUGCCUGCUAAUGAUAUAUAAUACACAGGAAAAUCUGAUUGAAUAUUUUAGUGGAUAGCUGCAUAAUUAUAUUGGGCAGUGUCUGCUGUGAUGAUUUCCCUUACUAAAGAAAGCACUCAGAUAUAAGAUAGCUGCAUUAUUCUAUACUCAUACUUUUAUUGUUUAUGGAAUUCCUGGUUUGGCGCAGUUGACUCUUCCUAGAAAAAGUUCUGUAAUGGCUUCUGAGGUAAAACAACAUUAGGAGAUUUUCCCUGUCCUAUAUUUUCACAUAUGAUUUUGCCCAUGUUUUGUAAGGUUAUAUUGAUUCAUAGAAGAGAUGCUGCAAGGACCUCAACAUUUCUAUUGUGUACAGCUUGGCAAGGAUUGCCUUUGCUGUGUUCAAAGCACAAAGGUAUCUCUCAAACCUUGUUUCAAAACCCUGUUUUCUGCCAAAAAUGAGUUUGAGGUGAAGAUAACACAUAGUCUGGAGACUAAGCAAUCAAACAUACUGUUAUCAUUAUCCCUUUUGUAUACUCUGUCAUUUACAUAGAAAAUGGAGAUGAUAGCCUGUAACUGCAAACAAUAAAUGCUGUUUUUCCUUUGA